UUUCUAUUUAAGACAGUGAAAAUGAUACACAAUACACACGGAAAAAACUGCGUAGAAAGUUCUUCAAGUACUGAGAUAUCAGGGUCGGCUUUCAAGUUCCUCCCACAGAGCUAACCAAGAGAAGCAGACUGGGGUGACACCGAAAAGCAGUGAUUACAAACAAAGAAGAGACUUGCUAGUGACUCUUAAGCUAGGAGCCGAUCAACAAGAAGAAAAAUAUGGGGAAACUACUCCUGGUUUUCUUCGUUUUUGUCCUCUGUAUAAGCAGUACACAGCAGAAAAAAGGACAAAAGAGACGGAGGGAGCAGAAAAACAGCUCUGAGGUUGUUUUUCCCAUGCCCAGAACAUUUAAAGGGGCCCCCGUCAUUAACAUUCAGCCCUUCCUAAAUGGGACUCAGGCUUCCUUUCUAACUUAUUCCCCUCCAGCUCUACACUUGCUCAACAACAGCACAGUGCGGUACCUCAGUGGUUCUCUGAGCACCCGAGUCAUUCCCAUUAUUUACAUGUUGGUGGUUAUAGUCGGGAUUCCAGCCAACGUCAGUAUCUUGUGUUUGCUAGUGACUAAAAUCAGAAAGGUGUCUUCUGCCAUCCUCUACUGCAGCCUGGCUGCCUCCGACCUCUUCCUCCUCCUCUCCCUCUUCUUUAAGGCUCACUACCAUUUCCAUGGAAACCACUGGGUUCUCGGAGAGACUGCUUGUCGAGUUGUUACGGCAUGUUUCUACGGCAAUCUCUACUGCUCGGCCAUGACGCUGGCUUGCAUCAGCAUCAAGCGCUACCUGGCUGUGGUGUACCCGUUCCUGUACAAAAGCAUGCCCAAGAGGCUGUGCGCUGCCUGGGUGAGCCUGGCUCUGUGGGGGGUGUUUGGUGUCGCCAUUAUCCCAGAGCUCAUCGUCCAGCAGAGCCACUGGCUCCCUCAGUUCAACCGCACAACCUGCCAUGAUGUGUUGCCCCUGGAUCACAGCUCUCAUAUGUUUCUGCUCUACUAUCACCUUAUUCUUAUCAUCUUAUUUCUUAUGGUUCCACUAGUGGUUACAAUUGCGUGUUUUGCCCGAAUCAUCAACGAGUUAACAAGAUCACACUUUGACUGGGGAAUGUACAUCAAGGCCAGCUCACUGGUGUUUAGUAUCUUCCUGGUGUGCUUUGCCCCCCCUGGAGUCCUACACUUUGUCCAUUACGUCCAACUGUUUGUGGAUGGAACCGAAACCCUGUAUAUGUACUUUAAUGUUGCAGUGUGUUUGUGCUGUGUUCAUGCCUGUCUGGAUCCUUUCCUUUUUCUUCUCAUGUCCAAAUCUGCAAGCUCCAGGCUUUACUUCAUGACUUUCAAAGGCAAGACGCUGAGCAUAUCUUUCUAAUAGAAACCUGUUUAACAGUGUUAAAAAGUAAGUGAUCAUAUUUCUUAUUUUUGUGGCUGAUGAUGAGGGAAAUGUUCUCCUUGGCUGGAAUCCAAAGAGAGAUCAAAAGCACCUGAUUUUUCAUUUAAAACUAUAAAUGGAUUUCAUCAUUGUUGUAUUAACCUUAUUCAUUGAGUUAUAAUUGUUGUUUUAUUAUAAAAGUUCUGUUUUUGUGACACCCACACACAAAAUGUAACUGCUAUAUUUAAAAACUGGAAAACAAUAAGAAACUUGAAAGUGUAAAAGAAAAAAGAAAACAAAUGUAUACGUACAUAAUACAUUUUCCUGUUUAAUGACAGUAGUGGCAGCAAGAUUUACAGCAUGUAGGGUCAUUUUAUGCUUACUGUACUUCACAAGUUUCUUGAAAAAAAGCAGUGCAAUGAUACAUAAAGUAUGAGUUUUAGUGUCUGCCAUUUGGUUGCUAUUAUAAUAGUAUUUUAGUAAAGCUACUGUAAUCUGCAUAAACAGUUCAUUAGAGUAAAAUGCAUCUACAUAUGUUCAUGUUCCCUGAAUUUCAUUUUUCUCUCUACAGUGUUUACAGUAAUUUCCCUACUAUUUGCUGUUGUGUAACUACCCUGAAGAUUUGAACUGGAAAUCAAUGUCAUGAUGGGCUUUAGCUAAAACAUAGCUGUAUCACAUAUCCACAACAAUCAAACAGAAAAUAAACAAAAUAAUGAUCAAAAUUUUAAAUAAUCUUUGUACUCGAAAACAAAUCGCUGUGUGUUUUUAUGUCAAUUUGUAUAUGUAUAUAGAAUAUGGAUGUAUAUAGAAGAUGAAAGGAUGUAUAUUAUUUUUUAAAUUAAAUAAAUAUAAUUAAUAAAUGUGUCAAGUAAGAAUACUAUACAUCUAUAUUUAAAAAAAAAGAUUUCAUAACCUUUUUGAACUUUUACAGUAGUAUAUAACUAUAUUCUAUACAUUUCUGUAUCUCCGGCUUUCCUGUGAACUUUUCAAAGAGAUCGUCAGUUAUUAAACUACUCUACUUCUCUCUGCUCUCUACCACUGACUUGGUAUUUCCUGACCAGCCUUUGACAGGAUGUACAGUAAAGUGACACUGAGGAGUAGAAAAGUCUACUGUGCGUCACGCCACACUGGGGUAGUAAAAAAAGAAAGCACUAUGUUAAAAUUGUGUCUAUGACUCACUUCUGGCUGC